UCUGGACAUGAAUUGAUUUAUUACAAAAGUUCACCUAACAUGUAUGCUGUAGAUCCUUGAAUAUUAUGCAAGUUUUCAUGCUUGAAAUGAAGGGGCAACAGGGCAUGCUAAUCUGAAAGGAAGCUAUAUGUACAUAAUAUUUAGAGAGGAAGGUACCCGUGGUGGAUCUGCUAGAAACUAUUAAAAGGAUCAAGGCAAAUUAUAGUCAAGGAAGACAGAGGGUGCUCGUUUAUCACGAAACUUCAAAUAAUUCCAUUGUGGUAGGUUGGAUGACACUCUGUUCAUGACCUAGAGCCAAAACCAUUUCAAACUCGUGUUUAGCCCCCUGCAUUUCAAACUCGAGCGUGGUUGAACUAGUGCCGGCAACUUAUUUACCGAGAUUUGACCUUUAAACCUGAGUAUAAUCCCCUUCUGAAGUUGUACGAGUCCCUUCCAAUUGCCGGCACUACUUGCCAUGAAUGUUCCGGUGCUCGGGAUGGCGGCGCCCAAGUCAAACUAGUUGCAAGCAUAACAGCAGCCGUCGUUAAGGUAGUCUUGGCUCCGCAACUUGAGUUAAAGUGCAGAGACUAGUUUGCUCAAAUGUUUCGGUAAUUGAUAUGCCGAAACCUGUUUGAACUCGAGUAUAACCAUCAUAAUUGAACUAGUUCCGGCAAGCAAGAUGCCGAGACUAGUUGAUCCAAAACGCCCCUUCGGCAGAGCAAUCGUUUCUUGCCCCUUGAGUCUAACAAGUUGAUUUUAAUGGGCUCGUGACCUCCAACCGUUCGACAAUGGAGCGGUGGGUUCCCCUUCUGCACAUUUUCCUCCACUCUCCCUCCCCCGAGGGAGAAGCCUCUCUCUGGUUCCAAAACCAAAACCAGCACCAGCACCACCACUCCCAACCCAACGCUCCACCACUUCCUCCUUCCACCUCCGCAUUCCUCUCUCUUCUACUCACUCCCACAUCCGCUCUCCGACUCGAAACAUCUACCACCUCUUCCUCCCCAGAACGCCACGAACUCAUCUGGAUUCAAACCCUCCCUCCCACCCUCCAAUCCCGCAUCCUCUCUUUCCUGGCCGUCGAGAGCAACCGCUUCUGCCGCCUCCGCCUCCGCUCCCUCGCCGCCCACAUCCUCGGUUCCAACACCCCCUCCUCCCCCGACUUUUGGGUCCAAAAGACCGCCCUUAACCUGCUCGACGCCGUGUCAUCUUCUGAUCCGACUCCCCUUGAACCACUGCUCCCACACCAGCAUCUGCGACAGGCCUCAGAAGAAGAAGAAGAAGAAGAAGAAGAGUUUUAUUCUCUGCCACAAUGGCUAAAGGAUUCCUCCUCCGCCACCACUCCUCUCCUCCCCUGGCUUCCUCUUCCCAUCGGUCCAUCCCCUAAGACUGCUUGUCGGGCUUUUGGGCUCUUUUCUGAAGACAAACCAGAAACCAUGGACUUAGUUACCGUGCAAGAGGAAGAACAAGAACAAGUCCGACAAAAUUGCGAACCCGAGUCAUCUUCAUCGUCAGCUUCUCCUCUUCCUCCUCUGGAUCCUCACAUUCACAACCGGGCAUCCUCUUUAAAAGCCGACCUAUCAACAUCGGAUUCCACGCCAGAAGCCAUACGACUGGCGCGUGAAAUCCUGCAGCUCUGCUUGGACUCCGGAGCCGGGAAUCAGCUUGCACUCCUGGGCCUGACCGAACCAUGGGAAGCUGAUGACUUAACAGCAUCGGUCCUCCUAUCCCAUCUCGCGGGCGAAGACCGCUCAAACUUUGUUGGAUGGCCAAGCCAUGUUCUAUGCUCUGUUUCCCUUCCCAAGCUGCUGAUCCUCCGGAACACAGCUUCCCGCGUUCUGCUAUCGGCGACAAUUGACUUCUGCAAGCUCCAUCCAACAGCUGCAGUGGAGGCUCUUCUCCUCCCGCUGGCCUUUCGCAAGGAAGGAAUCAACAUCGUGAUCUGUGAUGCAAUGACUCGAAUUAUGAAAGAAUGUUUGCAUCCAUCUCAUGUUUCAGCCUUUUGCCAGAGGCUGCUCUGUGGAGAAUCCAAGGAUAAGAGGCUGGUCUGCCUGCCCUGCCACCGAGAGUUGUUAUCCGAUGAGUUGGUAUGGACGGAGCCGCUGUUUAUGCUGUUCCAGCAUAUACUGAAUCGGGAUAUUCACUUGACUCCAGAUACUACCGACCGGCUUGUGUCUGUGAUCGAUGAAGUGGCUGGCGAAUUCUCGAGAUCGCUUAAGUUUGGGAACUUCAUGCUAUGUCUUGUGACCAAGUGUGCACGGGCAUCGAGCAUUCACGGGGUUUUGUUGGAGAGAGCCGCUGGGAGGACCGACACCUUCGUGACCAAAUCUAUAUUAUCAAAGUUGGCUGGUCGGUAAAUUUUUGCCAACUCUGUUGAGUUCUUUUUCCCAAUUUUGAUCGCCUUCUGUUCUUUCAAAGAGGUGACGGUAUUUGUUGGGCCUUGAUGCUAGGCUUAAUUUUGUCCUGGCUGUUGUGUUAGCACAUAUUAACAAUCCGUCGUAUCGGAGAACAAAUGAUUGAUAGAUUGGUUUUUCAGUAAAAUCAAACAGUGUUGCGAACAAUGACGUGACGAUCUUGGCAUGUC